AUGAAUUUAUCUGAACGUUGUUAUCAUCAUUAUCAUCCAUCUAAUUCUGAAGAAGCAUUAAAUCUUCAAAUUUCAAAUUCUUCUCUUUCUAUUAAUAAAAUUCAAACAAAACGAAAUAAAUUCAGUAUAAAUGAAUUGAUUCAAUGUUCAAAGCAUCGAACAUCUGAGUUGAACUGUUUUAAAAAUCAAAUCACUGUAAACAGAAUAAAUCAAGAUAAUAAUAAUAAUAAUAAUAAGACAAGUUUAAUGAAUUGCCAUCACACUACUGAAUUAUCAAAUAUAGUAAAUUCAUCAAAUCAAUUUAUAAAAUAUUCCAAUGUAAAUAUAAUCGAAAAAACAGAAAAUUUUUGGAGUAGUCCAGAAAUGGAAGUUUUAAAACAUCGUCUUCAGGAACAUUUAAAUCAAAUUAAAAAUAAAACAAUGAAUACAUCAUUAUUGAAUUAUCAUUCAAAAACUGAAUUAAUCAAGUAUCCAUUAACUGAUAAAUCAGUAACAACAGCAUCUAAUGAUCAAAAACAUUCAGUAAAUAAAAAGUCUAUAGGUAAUUCAAAUCAGUCAAAUAUCAAUUAUCCAUAUAACUAUUUGGAUUUACAAGGUUGUAUAAAAUCAGAAUUAAGUGCAUUUCAUCCAGUUCCUAGUAGACAAAUCCCUUCUGAAUAUAUUGAUAAUAAUCCUAUGAAUAUUACUAAUAUACAUACAAAACAUUUAAAUACAGAAAUGUACAUGAAUAAAUUUACUGAUCUCUUGAACUCAUUUCAACAAUCAAAAAUAAAUCUAUUUUAUACAAAUUCAACUAAAUCACCCGUUUCACAAUCAGAUUUUAAAACAACUGUAUUUAAUUCUACCACUGAACAUUUGGACAAAAUGAAAUCAAACAUUAUUUCAUCAAAUAUUUCUCAAAUUACUAUUCCUGUUACUGAUGAAAACAAAAAGUGUCAAUUAAAACCAUCAAUUAUAUUAUCAUCAUUCGAAACAACAAUAACUACUACUAAUAGUAAUACAACUACAAUUACUACCACAUCCUCUACCUUAGAUCAAAGGAAAACACAGAGAAGAUCAAAUUUCAAUAAGAAAUGUCAAAAAUGUCCAUGUAUUAAUUGUCAAUUAACGCGCAAUAUGAAAUCCAUCGAUAGCGUUAACAAUAACAAUAAGAAUACCUUCAAUAGUUUCAAUAUUGAAACAUUGAAUUUAGAUCAUAGAAAAUCAAUACAUAAAGCAGUGCAUUUAUGUAAUUUAUGCGGUAAAACAUAUAGUAAAACAAGUCAUUUAAAAGCUCAUUUAAGAUGGCAUAAUGAUGAAAGACCAUUUCGAUGUAUAUAUGAAUUAUGUAAUAAAGCAUUUACUAGAUCUGAUGAAUUACAACGUCAUAUACGUACACAUACUGGUGAAAAACGUUUUACAUGUAUCAUAUGCAAUAAACGUUUUAUGCGUAGUGACCAUUUAAGUAAACAUCGUAAAACACAUGAAGUAUUUAUAAAGAAGUAA